GCCCGCGAGACUAGUGUGAUGCAAGCAAUGUUGUUGAAGAGAAGUGUUGUCCACAGCAAACCUUUUCCCUGAGAGUGUGAUGGAUCAGAGUGAACCAGAAGAGGCUCCUACUGAAGAGCAACGUCUAAACAACUUCUCCAAUGAUGGCAGCUUCAUCGAACAGUUCAGGAAAAUGCAGGAACAGACAGCAAAAGAGGAACAGGACAAGAAAGAUAAAAUGGCUACUGAGAAGGCCCAACUAAGCAAGCCUCUGUUCUCACGAGUCACUAAGACCAAGCCGGUGGUAAUAAAGUUCGGAGGGUUUAGGAAGAAACUGUUACCGGGGGCAAAAUUGAAUAAACCACGCGUGAAGGAUUUAAACGAAGACAAGCAAACAGAGUUAAACAGUAACCAAGGGAACAGUAGCCAAGGGAACACGGAGAAAGUCUCGGCCAAUCAGUUAUCCAGUGCUGGACUGUGUAGUCAAGACAACCUGGCACAUACAGUUACUACAGUUAUUGGUGCUCCUCCAGUUAAGAAGAAAAAGAGUCGAUUCUCUGAUGGCCCACCCCUUGGAGUGGGUGUGGUCAUUGGUUCCACUCCUGGACCAAGUAGCCAAGUGGCAAUGCUAGCACAUAAACGGACCGUAGCCCCAGCAAGUCUUGACCCCCCUGUGAGAAAGAGGAGGAGUCGGUUCUCUGAAGUCCCUCCCACUACAGAGGACACCACUAUCUCUAAAGUCAUCUCCUCGUUCAGUGGCCCUCCAGUGCUGAGUCAGCAAUCUCUGACGGAGACACAAAAACAGCAGAUCCAGGAACAAAUUGAGAUGAACAAACUGGUGGCUGAGAUCAAAGCUGCCACUCAGGCUGCAGCUGCUAAGGGGACGGGUGGGGGUGCUGCCUACGAGUAUGACAGUGACGAGGACACGGAAGGGGGGACGUGGGAACACAAACUGAGAAUGCAAGAGAUGAGGAAGACGUACGAGAAGGCACGAGAGAUCACGCUCUUAAACCAGGAGAAGCAUCACAUUGGAGAUUUCUUACCCCCAAAAGAGCUAGAGAUGUUUGUCGAGAAAGCCAGUGCAAUCAAGGAGGGACGAACAGCAGAUUUCUCUGACUACAAAGAGCACAAGCUAACCGAGGAGAAUGUUGGAUUCAAGUUGCUGCAGAAAUCUGGUUGGACGGAGGGAACUGGACUUGGCACGCAGCAAGAAGGUAUCCUGGACCCAAUCAACAAGGGAAAGCAGUCAUUUGAUCACAGUGGAGUGGGGGCAGAGCCUCCAGCCGAGGUUGCCAAGAGCGAUGACGAUUUUGAUGUCUAUCGUAAGAGAAUGAUGUUGGCGUACCGUUUCAGACCAAACCCCCUCAACAAUCCAAGAAGACCAUACUAUUGAACAUUAUUAUUCUAACUGAUAACAUGAGUUCAUAAUAAUGUACACGUGCGUGAGUAUGUAAUACUAAUUAUUUUGAUGACCAUUACCACCUACAUUGUAUAUAAAUUAUGAUGAUUAAUACUCUUG